CACACUGUGCAGAGAUCGAAAAAAUAUUACCCUGUAUAUUUGAGCCCAUAUGGGUAAUAAAGAAUGUAUGAGACUGGAUAAUGGAUGAAGGGGUUAAUGAAAGCUGCAUCCUGGUUCUCCAAAAAGAUGUCUUCGUCCAGUUUCAGUCGAUUCAGCUGGCCACAAAACUCGACAAUAAUUCCCAGAUGGAGAUGUUUUUUCAGCUUUAUCACUGUGUAAUGUCGACCAAUUUCAAAGGUGAAGGAUUAGACAUUGGUGUAAUAGCUGAUGGGAUAAAACAAACAUGUACACGCAUGCCAAAAGAAGAUUAUGUCAACCAUGAAAAACUUCCAGACCUCGAAUUGAACAAAAACCACAUUUUUAAGUAUCGGGAUGAAGAUAGAUCUUCUGAUAUCAAAGAACAAACAACCUAUCCCGUAGUGGAUGAACCAAGUGAUCUUCCCACCGAUUCGAAUGCACAAAAUUUGGAAGAGAAAAGUCUCUCAGUCAGCUUCUUGGAAAGUAAUCAGAAUCAUGUACACUCAUCAGACACAUCUGAUGGGCACCAAGAUCUGAAUGAUCUAGACAACAGUCACCAGAUUCAAGACAGUACAAAAACAUGUGAAUUAGAUGUCAGUGCAUCUGUGCAAGUAGGAAGCACUGAGACGUUUUCUUGUGGCUUAGAAUCCGAUGAGAAAGCACCUGUGUCUGACAAGCAGCUUGCAUCUUCCCCAGUAACCUCGUCACACACAUCGGUGAGAAAAGGACGGCGGAAAUCUGCUCCAAAGCGAGCUGCUCCAGCAGAGGACGAUGAUGCUCUGGAUAUGCAGUUGUUGCUGACGCAGGAUCAUCUUGAAGACGGUGAUUUCCUCACUGAUGUCGCUAUGAAUCCGGUUGCUGAUGAAGAUCACAAGGCUACAUCACCCGACUCCGAAAUGACUGAUGCAUAUUUGUUACAACAAUAUUCAAAAGAUUCCAGCUUUGAGCUUCCGACCAUGGUGCGUGGCACUAACUAUGGUCCAAUGACCUCCAGACUGCACCCUAGAAUUUCUUCUAUCUUUACUAACAACCACAACACCUCGAAAAACAAUCACCGAAAUUCCAUUUCGGCGGACGUCAUCAGAAAACAGGGUCAUUUGAGAACGACUGGUGGCACGGGUAUAAAGAGAAAUAAAGUCCAGUUCGCACUCAACUCGUCAGCCGAUUGUAAAUCCGAACUGAAUGGUGCCGACCGACUUUCCGACUCUGGAGACAUUUCCGACGAGCAUGGUUCUACGACGGGUUUACUCAAGUGUGACUUCUGCAGCUUCACCUCCCACCGGAGAUACAACCUCAACAGACACCGACGGAUCCACACUGGGAACAUGUUCAAGUGCGAAAGUUGUGGCCGCAAGUUCAACGAGCCGGGCAAGUUGAAGUCUCACUCGUGUAAAAUCCCCGUUCCCAGAUCUCCAAACAAACCCAUGUACACGUGUGACGUCUGCAGCCUGCCGGGUUUGAAGUCCAUCGAAUCUCUACGACAGCACAUACUGUUGGAACAUGACAUUGACGAAACAUUUGUUUGUGUUAGUUGCAACCCUCAGGUAAUAUUUCACAGUCCUCAGGAGUUUAAGAAUCAUCUAGAAACGUUACACACUGUUAGCAGUCGGUACCUUUCGAAAUCGCUGUGUAAUGAGUGUGGAAGGGAAUUCAAAUAUUUGGGCAGUUUGAAGAAACAUAAGGAAAGCUGUGCAAUGAGCAUAUAUAAAGCAAAAGCAGCAGUAAAGGUGGAAAAUUCCACUACAUCAUAAUACGGUUCAUACAGGUUAUGAAAUGUUUGCAGGUGUGGAAAGUCGAGGAAUUUUCAGUUGGGUUAUGGAAUAGCUAAUAGAAGGUUAUGAAAAAUGAAAAUUGGUUGAUAUUUAAUUUUCACUCAUUUAAAGUAAUGCUAAAAGAGAGCAAUUUAUAUCAAAAUAUUGUAAUAUUUUUCAAUUAUGUUGAUGUCACAGUAAAAUCUAGGAAAAU